CUCUCACAAAAUGAAUUCUUCAGCAUUAUGUUCUCUGAUGCUCACCCUUUGCUUGAUCCUAAUUUCUCAUUCUCUUUUGCUAGCAAAUGCUAAAGCCAAUGGUCAUCGUGGCCUACUUGGAAAUAGUCAGAAGCCGAUGAUUGACCAAAUUUGCAACCAAACCUCAGAGAAUGAAAACGAGUGCCUUAACAUUUUGAAAGCAGAUCCAAAAAUCGUGCAAGCAAAAGACUAUUUUGAAAUUUCAAAGGCGAUCCUAGAGUUGGCCAUAACGAAGUCAAAAAAGGGGCAGGAAUUCCUCAAAGGGUUGGCACAAAAAACUGGUUCUCCAGCCAUUGCUUUGUGUGCAAACCAAUGGUAUCCUUACACCGUUGGAUCGUUAGGGAGUGCCCUAGCUGAGUUGAAAGAAAGUCCUGAUACUGCCAGUUAUGAUGCCAAAGUUGCUGGUGAUGGACCUGUAUACUGUGAGGAAGCCAUUGCUAAAGCACAUAUUGUUAACCGUGACAUUUCUGCUAUUAACCACCAAACUUCGUUGCUUAGCUUUGUUGCAUUCCUAGCCACAAAUUAUCUUCCAGAAGAUUAAAGGGAAUUUAUGGUGUCAAUUUGCUUUGUAAAUGCAUGCAUAUGUACAAGGUUAACCUAAGGUGUGACAAUCAUU